AUGCUUAAAAUAGUGGGUAAAAUAAGUACAAUAAAGAGCCAUUAUACUAAUAUUCUUAUAAUUGGUGGCUCUUAUGGAGGAUUGACUAGUUUAAAGAUUAUUCGAGAUAUACUUAAGUCUAAGCAAACUGAAAAUAAAUUAAGGGGAGGAAAUGAAAAGCUCAAGAUUACUAUGAUUGAACCGAGGGAAGGGUUUUUGAACUUGAUAGCUAUACCUCGUACAUUAGUUGACAUGGAAUUUUCUUCAACUCAAUAUUUUAAAUAUACAGAUAUUGGUGGCUUAGGUAUACAUAGGGUUAUUGAUGCGGCCGGAAAUAUUAAGGUUACCAAUGAUAAGGAAGAUAAAGAUGAUCUUUUUGAAGUAACAUGUAUUCAAGGAAAAGUUUUGAAUGUAGGAGAGAAAGAAGCCAACUUUACUAUCAAUGGAGAUGAAAGCAGAAAUAUAAAAUUUGACUAUGUAAUUUUAGCUUCAGGAAGAGAUAGGAACUAUCCAGUUACACCAGCUGGAAGAACAAAAGAGGAGUUUCUCAAAGAAAUGAAAGAAUUCUAUGAUGUAAUUUCUAAUAAAGAUAUUCAAACCAUAUCAAUUAUUGGAGCUGGGGCUGUUGGUAUUGAGUUAUCUGGAGAAAUCAAACAUUUCUUUCCUAAUAAGCAUGUUAACUUGAUUCACCCUCAUGACUCCUUCCCACCCGAACCUCUUUCUGGCGAAUUGAAGCAAGCUGUUAAGGAAUCAUUGGAAAGAGCGCAAAUACGUAUUCAUUAUGACACCAGGAUUGAAAAAGAGUUAGAGAAUGGUGAUUUAUUGACAACUUUUGGUUCGGUUAUUAAAUCAGACUUGAAUUACUGGAGCACAUCAAAGUAUAAUAAUAUCAAGAUUGUUGAUAAAUAUUUAAGAUCAGAUUUUCUCCUACCCGAUUCAACAUUGAGAGUCAAUGACAUGUUGCAGUUAUCAAAUGGUGAGAAAACUAUUCUGAAUUUUUUCUGCAUUGGGGACAUUGCUGACUUACCUAUAAUUAAAACUGCGGGAUGGGCACUUUUUAUGGCUGCCAUAGCUGGAAAGAACAUAGUAAGUAAUAUUUUUGGGGAAGAAAUGGUAGAAAGGCUUCCUCCAACAGAAAAAAUGCCUCGGGGUAUACUUUUAGUUUGUGGGAAUGGUGAUGUUAUAAGUUCCAACAAUGGUAUAGUUGAAGUCAAUAAUCCAGAAUAUGUGGAAGCCUAUAAGGAUUAUAGAUUUAGCAGUUCUUUCAAGUACUUGCAACUUGAUCUUCCAACUGAGAAUUAA